UGAUGGAGGUGUGCUUCCUCACCUCAGGUGCUGAGCUGACAGUCCUUGCUGAUGAAUUUGAAGGAAAAACUGCCAAGGCUGUGAAGCAAGUCUUGGCAGUUAAGAUUGAUGUCACCGUUUUUAGGCAAAGACUCUUUUCAGAAGAUGGUUCCGAGAUUCCGGAUGAUGCGAUUUUUGCGUCGGCUCCGGUGAAGCUUAUGAUUGUGAUCUUGGAUUUUUUCCAAACUGAUGCUCAGCACACCCAACGCAUGAUCUCUGCAUCCAUCAACAAUGAUUUGAUUGAACUUGAGAGUUUGCUGAAAAAACCAUUGAAUCCAAAUGUGAGAGACGAACAUGGCACAACACCGUUGCACUGUGCCGCAGAAAGAGGACAUGUUGAAAGCCUGCGGUUGUUGAUUGAAGCAGGUGCUGAAAAAGAUGCACGAGACCAAGGACCUGAAGGGAUGAUGCCAUUGCAAGGUGCAACGCCGUUGUUCAUCGCAGCACAGGAAGGCCAUCUUGAUGUCGUUCGACAUCUGGUGGAAGUUGGUGCCCACAAAGAUCAAGCAAGGAAGGAUGGCGCAACGCCAUUGUUCAUCGCAGCUGAGAACGGCCAUAUUGAUGUCGUUCGUCAUCUGGUGGAAGUUGGUGCCCACAAAGAUCAAGCCACGAACGAUGGCGCAACGCCAUUGUUCAUCGCAGCUGCGAAAGGACAUAUUGAUGUCGUUCGUCAUCUGGUGGAAGUUGGUGCCCACAAAGAUCAAGCAAGGAAGGAUGGCACAACGCCAUUAAUCAUUGCAGCACAGCAAGGCCAUCUGGACGUCGUUCGUCAUUUGGUGGAAGUUGGUGCCCACAAAGAUCAAGCCACGAACCGUGGCACAACGCCAUUGUUCAUCGCAGCACAGCAAGUCCAUAUUGAUGUCGUUCGUCAUUCGGUGGAAGUUGGUGCCCAAAAUGAAGCAACCAUGGAUAUUGGGGUAACAGCCUUACAUGCUGCGGCAGAAAUUGGCCAUGUUGAAAUUGUUCGUUUUCUGAUUGAAAGAGGUGCAGAUGGUCACGCAACUACAAGCUGUGGAAGGACUGCUCUGGAUCUGGCAUCUCAAGGCGGUCAUUCUGAGGUGGUCCGUUUCCUGGCAAAGAUCCGGAGCGAAUCGCCAAGCAAAAUUCCAAGGCUUGGUUGAGAGACAUCAUGUGAGAGCAAAGAAGUUCCAGCAGCCGGC